ACAAUCUCGAGUGGGCGAAAAGCCAAAUUUCACAUACACAACGUCCGCACCUCAGCACACUUGACGUUGAGCAUGUCGCUGCGACUAACCGGAACGGGCGAGCUCUCGGCCCACAUGUUGGAGGGGUUCGGGCGUGGGACAGCAUCGCCCGCAACGCCCGCACAUCACACCCCCGAUACCCACUUCCAGCGACCCUACACCAUCUUCAACAUGAGCGACCCUAUAGACAGUGCUCUCGACCUCCUCCGACGGCUGAACCCCAAAGACGUUAAGCAAAACGUUGACCACAUCAUCUCCUUGAACCCCUCGCUGGAAGAGGACCUCCUAGAAUCCGUCGAUAUCCCGCUGAGCGUCAAGAAGUGCUCGCAGACGAAGCGCGAGUUCCUGUGCUGCGACUACAAUCGCGAUGGUGAUAGCUGGCGGAGCCCGUGGAGCAACGAGUUCGAGCCACCCGUGGUAGACGGCGUGACGCCGAGUGACCGGGUCCGUAAGAUGGAGCUCAAGGCCAACGAGGCGUUCGACGUGUAUCGGGAAUUGUACUUUGAGGGCGGCAUCUCGAGCGUUUACCUCUGGGACAUGGACGAUGGAUUCGCCGGCUGCGUUUUGCUCAAGAAAUCCGUUAACCCUUCCUCCCAAAGCGCCGGUAGCUGGGACAGUAUCCACGUCUUCGAUGCGCAGGACCGCGCCCGUACCGCACACUACAAGUUGACAUCGACCGUUAUCCUCUCGCUGGGUACCGACUCGGAGGCACUCGGCGCGCUGGACCUCUCGGGCAACAUGGUGCGGCAGGUGGAGCAGGACAUGGCUGUCGAAGACGACGGCUCGCACGUAGCCAACAUUGGCAAAAUGGUCGAGGAUAUGGAGCUCAAGAUGCGCAACCUGCUGCAGGAGGUCUACUUUGGCAAGGCCAAGGACGUUGUUGGCGACUUGAGAAGUAUCCCGCCACUCAGUCAGACGAAUAGGGAUCGCGCGACACAGAGAGAAAUGAUCAGUAGCAUGGGGAGGUGA